GAGAAAAUGGGAUCUUAUCAACUAAUUAGAGAGAAGAAAGAUGCAAGAUUAAGAUGGGAUCCACAACAAGGGGAUGUUAUAGUUGAAGGAGAAGGGAAGAAUUUGUCUCCUAGGAUUGAGGUUAUUACAAGUGAUGCAACGAGUAAUAAUGAUUUAGAGUUGUUUUUUCAGAAAUCACCGACAUCUCCUUUGUCUACAUUGCCUAAAUCUAGUGGUGGACCUCAUUUUCGUAAGUCUAAGAGUGGAGGGAGUGCUCGUCUUCUUUCUCUUGACAUUUUUCGAGGGAUCACUGUUGCGUUAAUGAUAUUCGUGGAAUACGCUGGUGGAAUUUAUCCUGCUAUCAAUCAUUCACCAUGGGAUGGGAUAACCCUGGCAGAUUUUGUCAUGCCAUUUUUCCUCUUCAUUGUUGGAGUGUCGCUUGCACUUGCGUACAAGAACAUGCCCUGCAGACUGACUGCGACUGGAAAAGCAAUUCACCGCGCGCUUAAGCUUCUCAUCCUUGGACUCUUUCUUCAAGGAGGCUAUUUUCAUGGUAUCAAAAAUCUAACUUAUGGUGUGGACGUUGAGAGAAUCAGAUGGAUGGGUAUAUUGCAACGAAUUGCAAUAUCAUUUUUGUUGGCAGCAAUGUGUGAAAUCUGGCUCAAGGGUGAUAAUAAAGUCAAUUCAGGACAAUCUUUGUUGAAGAGAUACCAUCAACAAUGGGCCAUGGCUAUAAUGGUUACUGCUUUAUACCUUUCUUUGUUCUACGGUUUAUAUGUUCCUGACUGGGAAUAUCAGAUGCCAAUGGACAUAUCUUCUUCAGAAGCAAAGAUAUUCACAGUGAAAUGUGGUGUACGGGGAGACAGUGGACCAGCAUGUAAUGCUGUUGGAAUGAUUGAUCGAAAAAUAUUGGGUAUUCAACACUUAUAUGCAAGAGCCAUUUAUGGACGAUCAAAAGAAUGUAGUGUCAACUCCCCUAACUACGGUCCCCUUCCUCUAGAUGCUCCAUCAUGGUGUCAAGCCCCUUUCGACCCAGAAGGACUUUUGAGCUCAUUGAUGGCUAUUGUAACUUGCUUCAUUGGUUUGCAUUACGGACACAUCAUUGUUCAUUUCAAGGAUCAUAGAGUUAGAAUUCAGCAAUGGUUGGUACCAUCCUCUUGUCUCGUACUGUUGGGUGUAACAUGUGACUGCCUCGGGAUGCACGCAAACAAGGUUUUGUACUCCUUCAGUUAUAUGUGUAUUACUGCUGGCUCUGCUGGCUUUCUCUUCACUGCAGUCUAUAUGAUGGUUGAUGUGUGGGGCUAUAGACACUGGACCACUAUACUGAAAUGGAUGGGAACGAACGCGUUGCUGAUUUAUAUUCUUGUAUCGUGCAACAUCCUGCCCGUUCUUUUGCAGGGAUUCUACUGGAGGCGGCCUGAAAAUAACAUUCUCACGAUGAUUGGUGUCGGACCUAAGAAGUAGCAGAGAGCAAUAACCGGCAUGCUGAGUCGCUAAAGCAUUUAUCACCAAUGCUUGAUAAUUUUUUCGCGGAAUGAAAUCUUCAGAGCGAGCUUAGUACGAGGCAAAAAUCUCUCCAUCUUACGCGUGACACUCUCUAUAUGUAAAUUUAUGUAUAUGUAUAAUUGGCUUGCGAGUGCACGAAACACACACACACAUAUCAUAUUUUAUUAGCUCGUCGAUCUAUUGACAGAAACGCGGUUUUUAUGAAUGAGAAAUCUGCUCAUAGAAGCAGCAGAGGUAUUACCUCAGGACAAUGAAGAUUUUCUCUUUGGUAAACUGCAGUAGUUAGUUUUUAGGUCCA